AUGAGGGUGGUUCAACAGUUUGAUCGUAUGAUGAAACGAGCACCCCACCUCCUAGAAGCAGCUAUCCAUGUUACAACGGCCUCUUCUUCUACUCAGAAGCAUCUACUAGAUAAAUUUGGGGAGCAAGAAGCGGUAAAUGUGGCUAAAAUCAGGGAUUAUAUUAUCUUACAUGACUUUGAUAAUGUUAAUUCACCUCACUCUUCUUCCGCUCUUGUCGCGAAGAAGAAGGUCACCUCGACUAAUCCUCCUAGUCCCUGUCCCGAGUGUCAGGGAAAUCACUGGCGGAGACACUGUCCAACGCUCAAGCGGCGGCACCCCGACGCGAAGUUACAGGUACCAUCUGCUGAGAAUGACCGGUUCGGCAUGAUUGCGUGUCUUGCCAAAGAACCUACCUCCAGCAUCCAGAAGGAAUGGAUCAUCGACAGCGGCUGUGACCAUCACAUGGCCUCUGACUUGAACGCGUUCACUAACAUCACGUUCCAGGCCAAAGGCUCCGUUCACGGUGUUGGUGCUGCUGUACCAGUUGAAGGCCAUGGACAUGCCGAAGUCGAAAACGGCACGGUCUCCAACGUGGAUUACGUACCAUCACUUCCCACCAACCUGAUCUCGGUUUCUCAAAUGACCAAGAAAAAUGGGGCUGCGAUUGUCUUCACGGCAGAUCGUGUGUACGCGAUGAAUCCCACACACCUCAACCUCAAAGCAGCCAAACCGAUUGGCUUGGAAGUUGACGGCCUGUACCGCUACUCAAACCCCUCUCGUCGGGCGUUCUGGUCGAUUGAUGUAAGUGACACUCCAGGGUUCCAGCAACCCUCUCCUGCACCAGAGGAAGUGGUUCCUGGGAAACAGGACCUAUGGCAUUCACGCCUCGGGCACCCUGGCACUGCAAUGUACCAGUCCAUGGCUAAGACUCUUCACCUACCCGUACCUUCUGCAAAAGACACCCCUGUGUGUCCCACCUGUGCUAUCGGGAAAGGGAAGAUUCACAAGGGCCGACACAUCAGCUCUGCCAGCACAGCUCCGCUACAGCUGAUUCAAACAGACCUUUGUGGAGGGUUUAGAUAUAACGAGUGUGUAGACUCCAAGUACUUCCUAACUAUUAGCGACAGCUACUCUCGUUACUACUCUGCCAUCCCGCUGAAAAGCAAGGCUGACGCUACAAAGGCUCUCAUCAACUGGAUUAUCGCCCAAGAAACGUUUUUCGAUAGCCGUGGGGGCUACAAGGUGUGUGCAGUCCGUACAGACAACGGCGGUGAGUUCACCAAUCAUGUACUCCAUGACUUCUUUGCCCAACGCGGCAUUGAUCAUCAACUUACCGUCCCACACAGCAGCUACCAGAACGGCGCUGUAGAACGUGCCCACCGGACCUUGCAGGAGCGCGUCCGCUGCCUGCUCCUCCACGGAAGGGUACCACCGUUCCUAUGGUCUGAGGCACUUCGUUGUGCGGUUUAUCUUCUUAACCGCUCACCGGUACUCCACAAGCGGAACCUGAUUCCAUAUCAGCGUUGGCACACAGAUGCUCCUCGUUCAAUGGACCUGUCACACCUCCAGGUCUUUGGCUGCCUGGCGUAUGCUACGCUACCUCCAGUGCUUCGCGACGGUAAGCUUCCCCCCACAUCCAUCUCUGGUGUGAUGGUUGGAUACGACCCCGACCAUCGUGGCUACCGUAUCUACCAUCCCGCUACGAACAAGACGUACGUCUCGACUCAGGUUCAGUUUGAUGAGUCGCAGUACCCUCUUGCCAACACGUCUGCCAGUGCACAAGCGUACGAUUUCGCCACUAGUGCUCCCCACGGCCUUCCUGCACAUCCUGCAACAUCCUGCUCGUCAGUUUCACCUCCGGGUUCUACUGCUCCCGCGCCGGUGCAACUGCCAACCUUCUCAACCUCGGCGAUACCUCCCUCGGUAUCAUCCUCUUCUGCCACCGCAGAAUCAAUCAACACUCCUGACGGCUCUCCAAGGGUGUCCUCCUCUGCCACCGCAGAAUCUCCACGUCCUUCUAAUGGCUCCCCAAGGGCCUCCUCCUCUUCCGGCACGACCCGUUCGUCAGACUCUCCUAGCGUUGCUUCGGAAAGCUCCGAGCCGUCUGAUUCGACUCGUUCGUCAGACAUGUCUAGGGUCACUUCCACGUUCUGGGGCAGCCCUUCCUCCGAACACUCUGAAUACGUCCCCUCCAGUCCUCCGACUGGCUCGGCCGCGUCUUUCUCUGCAGACGCGCCUUCUUCUCCACCUGCUUCGGACACAUUAAUGCCUGACUAUGUGCCUACUGACACUGAGCUUAUCCUCAGCAGCCAAGAACGCCUUCAGCAAGGUCAAACACAGCUGGUCCAGGCUAACGCACGCCUUACCGCGAAUCAACAGCAGACACUCGACCUGAGCCAACGUGCUAAUGCGGCCUUGGUGACUGAAGUUGCCCAGCUGCGCGCAGAACUCCAGUCUCUUGCUCAGCAAAGAGAACAGCAGCUCCAGCUUGAAGCGCACAGAGAGCAGCAGUUCCAGCUUGAAGAGCUAACUCCGCACACUCUAUCGGAGGUUAACACACCUACAGUUUCUUCAACGUCUCCCAUCAUUGAGACCCCUGGGUCUAGUUCUCAGAACGUCAGUCGUGCCGCACGUCAAGCCCUUCUUCCCCCAACCAGCUCUCCAUCUUCUCCGUCCUCAGAUACAUACUCUGAUAUUCGGCUCCUUGGUUACGACUCCACACCGGCGCCCCAGACUGGUGCGCGUGAUACGAUCAAGCGGUUUCGCUCCCCUACUCCGACCAAGUCUUCCCCAACCGUGUCUGUCACUGCACCUGAGACGUGCACCACGCUGGUUGUGGGCAAGACCUAUUACUCCUCGCCGUCCCGUCCUGGUAAACGUACGUGUCUUCCUCAAUCCAAAUUCUCUGAUGCUCCUCCUAGCAGCGCUACCAAAUUGCUAGAAGCCAGUGAUUCCCUGCACGAUGGUGUUGUAACAGAUCAAUACGCUGUCGGUAACACACCGAUUCCGGCUUAUGGCUUGGAAGGCACCAUGGUUCCUUUUGGCGAUACUACAGAACACCACAGUUUCCUACUUCAGGGAGUGUGUGAUGAGAACUCAACUCAGGAAAACCCGGUAACUACCGCCUUGGCCGUACAAGCGUACGAUGGGACUCUCCCAAAAACCUUCAACCAGGCAUGCAACUCCCCACAUAAGAACGAGUGGUAUGCUGCCUGUGACAGAGAAUUCUGGGCGCUCUACGACACCAAAACGUUUGAGCUUGUUGACCUACCGCCGAACAGACGGGCCAUCCCGACCAAGUGGGUCUUUUCUGUCAAGGACUCAGGUCUGUUCAAAGCAAGGCUAGUGGUCCAAGGCUUUCGGCAAACAGCUGGUAUUGACUACCACGAAACGUUUGCCCCCGUCAUCCGGUACGAGUCUGUGAGACUGUUCCUGGCGAUCGCUGCACGCUACAACAUGUCCAUUCACCAAAUGGAUGUAGUGACCGCAUUCUUGAAUUCUCCAAUUGACACCGAAAUUUAUGUGAAACAAGCUCCCGGGUUCAACCUGGAUGAAACGAAGGUAUGGAAGCUGAACAGUGCUCUGUAUGGAUUGAAGCAAUCACCACUGCUCUGGAACGAGCAUAUUAAGAGUACCCUGCGUAAUGUCGGUUUCAUCCAACAUCCAGCCGAGUUCGGUCUGUAUUACCGUAUGACAGGAACACGGCUGUGUCUGCUCGCCUUAUACGUAGAUGACUUGCUAAUUGCCAGCCCAUCGGAUAAGGAAAUCAACAAAAUUAAGGCCUAUCUAUCCUCUGUGUACAGAAUGAAAGACCUGGGGCAUAUCCAAAAAUUUCUGGGUAUGAAUAUCAAACAAUCCCCAGGAAUGAUCAGCCUCAGUCUCCAUGACUACAUUGAGAAAAAGGUCAGGGAACUGGGAUACAAGGAUCUGAAGCCAACGCACACGCCACUCCAAACCCAUGGUCGAUAUGAGGAAGCAUCUCCAAAGAUAUCCAACAUUACAGAAUAUCAGCGAUUGAUUGGCACACUACUCUUUGUUGCCAACACAGGCAGGCCAGACGUAGCUUUCUCUGUCUCGUACCUCUCCAGCUUCCUCAAAGAUCCUCGUGAAGUCCACUUGCUCGGGGCCAAACGGGUCCUCGCCUACUUGGACUCCACCAAAGACCAGUCCAUUGUAUACCAAAAUGACAAUAAAUCUAGGUUUGACAUCUACACCGAUGCAUCCUAUGCUGACACCCCAGAGGCAAAAUCCACCUAUGGAUAUGUUCUAAAAUACGCCGACGGAUCUGUAUCCUGGGCCUCCAGAAAAAUUCCUUGUGUUGUCCUGUCAACCACUGAAGCUGAAUACGUGGCAGCUAACGAGAGUAUCAAAGAAACCAUCUGGCUAGACGAGAUACUCAAGUGCCUGAAGAUUCCGAAGGACGCACACAAUUUGUACGUGGACAACGAGUCUGCCCUGGAAUCAUUGAAACACCCAGUGUUCCACAGCAAAACAAAACACAUUCGCGUCCGUUAUCACUUUAUUCGGGAAAACGUCAAAGGAAAUGUUGUUAUACCAUCGUAUAUCAACACGAAGAAACAACAAGCCGACAUAUGUACAAAGAUCCUAGCUCGCCCUGACUUUGACCGCCUAAAGGCGUUAUUGUACGGGACAACGCCUCACUCCUGA